CACACAUAUAUAUAUAGAUUUAGAUGAGAUUCUUUCAUUAGUUUCUUCAAGAAUGGUUUCUUGAAGGAACUGAGUUUCAAAUUACAUAAUCUACAUUUCAUCAUCUCAUUCUCUGCAUUCUGCUGAGCUCCUGAAGUCGUGAGGUGAAGGAGCUGAGGAUAUAGCUGCCACUUUCAUGAGGGACUUGAGCUGACAUCCUGAGCUGAAAAAAAGGAUUGCAUAGAGAGGAUACACAAUGGCACCCAAAAAAGACAAGCAAAAAGAGUCAGUCACCAAAAAGCCAUUAGUUGCCAAGCAAAAGUCAUCCCAGUCGUCCCAGUCGCUCAGAAUCCUCCUAGCCUCCAUGAGUCAACCUAAGCCUGAGCCUCCCCAGCAAUUAGUACAUUUCCCUGGUUGCACCCCAAUCCGAGUUGCCUCGCCAAUCUCAGUUGCCAAUAAGUUCUCCGCCUUGGGCUCUACAGUCGGCCAAAUCGGUCCUAGCUACAAGUCCACACUAGUUUCUAGUUAUGACCCAUUUGCAGGUCCUUCAGUUCCAUUCAAAAAAUCGUCUCCCUAUCUGCCCAAGAGUAAUUCCCAUUUAUUUGUUAUUGAACCUAAUUAUGAUAUUCAUUCUGACCCAGUUGCUAUUGCCAGGCAUUAUUUUCCUCCUGGUUUUCAUUAUAUACCCCCUAGUCCAUAUAAGUCCCUCAAGUAUUAUAGAGAUAUAUUACUUGAAACCCAAUCAGUUGAAAUUAAGCCGAUAAAGGAUCGAGAUCACCCUGAGAUCAUCCUUUAUCAUUCCCUCUAUAUUCACAGAGUCAUAAGCCAAGAAUCGUUCAGUAGUCAUCCCUAUCAGUUGAAAACACUCCAGUCGUCAAAAUUACAAUAUAAUUAUUCUGAUUAUAUUGAAGCCUGGUAUACUAUCUUCCUCCACCAGUCCGAGGAUUUUAGCCAUUCCUAGUUCAUUAAUUUUGACAAUAAGUUCAAAAGUCCUUUUCCCUUCUGGUUCCUUCAUUGGUGGGAAAAGCACGACCCAGUUGAAGAAAUUCUCCCAGCUGCAGUUUUGGCGCUCAUCCGCCAUUUCACCAGUAAAGCCAAGUUUACCGCAAUUGACUUAUUCUUUCCUAAGCCAAUGCUGUUUCUUGCCCGGUACAAGGUUCCCUGGAUACUCAAGUGGUCUUACAGAGUCACCAUGGAUACCAGAGUACUUGCCCGCCAAUUCUCAGUCAAAUGGUGGGACAAAUUCGAAGUUGACAGAAUCGCCAAAUACGUCUACAAUGAUCUUCCAGUUGACCCAGCUCCACGACCUGUUCCAGUCCCGGUCUCUCCCAUUGGAUCAGUCACUUCUGCAUUUUCAGUCGAAGAAAAAUCCAAUGCUGAUAUAAGAGAAAUGGCCCUCCAGUUGCUUCAUCAGGCCUCCCAAAUGGAUGAUGAUGAGGACAAUGAUUCUCCCUCAUCGUCUAGUUGCCAGCCCAUGCAAGAGCCCGAGCCAGAGAAGCCCAAGCCCAAGAAGAAAUCUUGGUAUGAAGACAGCCUGUACGAAGACAGUCAGCAGCCCUAUGAUGCCUAUGACUUAGGGUCUGACUAAGCUAGUUGCCGACACCAUAAUUGCCUCGGUGGAAAUUGAUUAAAGCAUCUUGAAAAGCAGCCGCCCCGCUUUCCCGUGACGCUCCAGUCCAGAUUCCCUGACAGUUCACCCAAGUAAAAGCAAAAGUUGCCGACAGAGUGAAAGCAAAAGUUGCCCGACACUUCACCCAAGUUAAAGUUGCCGAAAGCAAAGUAAAAGCAAGUCGUCUGAUGACAACCCAUGCUUUCAUCAUUGCUC